UCCUCUUUCUUCCCAGUAAAACCCGUAGUCAUCUGAGAAACAGCUCUGCCUUCACUUCCUCCCCAUCGAUCGUCGAUUCAGGUGAAGAGGAGGAACAUCGAUCGAUUCGAUGCCCCCAGACCCCUUGAUUUGCUCUUGAGGCCUCGAUUCGGAGACAUGAGCUCGGAAGAGAUCGGGACGGCGGCGAUCAAGCGCGCCAUCGUGGCGCUCCGAAAGCGGCAUUUGCUCGAGGAAGGCGCCCACGCUCCGGCCAUCAACGCCCUCUCCAGACCCCUCGUCGCCCAGGGCUUGGAGUGGAAGGAAAAAGCUGAAAACCUUGAGCUGGAACUGCAACAAUGUUACAAAGCUCACACACGGUUAUCUGAACAGCUUGUGGUAGAAAUUGCAGAAUGCAGAGAAUCAAAAGCCCUUGUUCAAGAGAAAGAAGAAUCAAUUAAUAAUUUGCAAAAUGACAUCUCACUAGCAAGGGAAGAAAACCUACAAAUUAAGCAGGACCUAGAUGAAAAGACAAAAGCUUUGGAUUUGUUAAUGAGUGAAAACCAGUCACUCAAAGCACAACUUGAGGAGAUUAGAUUGAAACUGAAAAAAACAGAGACUGAGAACAAGGAUUUAAUUGAUCGUUGGAUGCUUGAGAAGAUGAAUUCUGCAGAAAAGCUAAAUGAGGUUAAUGCAAUGUAUGAGGACAUGAUGCAACAGUUGAAGGUGUCCAGCAUUGAACAACUUGCACGACAACAAGUUGAUGGAAUCGUUCGCCAAAGGGAAGCUGGAUAUGUGGACCAUGUGGAAUCAACAGUUCCAUCGUCUUGCAAGCACACACUUCAUGCUCAUGAAGGUGGGUGCGGAUCCAUUUUGUUCCAAAACAACUCGGAUAAGCUGAUUAGUGGCGGCCAGGAUCGGACCGUCAAGAUCUGGGAUACAAAAUCUGGGACACUAAGCUCCACUCUUCAUGGUUGCCUUGGGUCAUUACUUGAUCUUGCUAUCACACAUGACAACAGAUUUAUCAUUGCUGCCAGCAGUUCAAACAACCUAUAUGUAUGGGAGACUAGCUCCGGUCGGGUACGACAUACACUCACUGGCCACACUGACAAAGUAUGUGCUGUUGAUGCAAGCAAAGUUUCCAGCCGCAAUUUAGUGAGCGCUGCUUACGAUCAUACCAUGAAGGUCUGGGAUCUGGUGAAAGGCUACUGCACCAAUACCAUUAUCUUCCAGAGCAACUGCAACUCGCUUUCUUACACCAUGGAUGGACUUACCUUCUGCUCCGGACAUGUAGAUGGUAACCUUCGGAUCUGGGAUAGCAGGAUGGGAAAAGUUGUGGGCGAAGUAGCUGCUCAUUCGCAGGCAGUCACAUCGAUUUACGUAUCCCAAAGCGGGAACUUGUUGCUGACAAGUGGAAGGGACAAUUUACACAACCUAUUUGACUUGAGAACACUGGAAAUUUGUGGGACGUUCAGAGCCAAUGGCAACAGAGUUGCAUCAAACUGGAGCAGGUCGUGUAUCAGUCCUGACGAGAAGUGUGUCACGGCGGGAUCAUCUGAUGGAUCUAUCUAUAUAUGGUCAAGACUAAACAAUAACAUGCUGAGCAUUUUGGAGGGGCAUUCUUCACCAGUUCUUUCAUGCGCAUAUGGUGGACCAGGGAACACACUAGCUUCUGCUGAUAAGAAUGGAAAUUUGUGUAUAUGGUGUUGAUGGAUGAUCGAUCUCGUUUGGUGUUUGGAACUAUAAAUGCCUUAGUCUUACCAUUAUUCUUCUUCGUAUCAUUAAGUGUUUCAAAGUGUAGAUUCUCUUUCUACGAUUAUUCUUCUACUUGUGAUUACACCUUUUAUUUCA